AUGCGCUGGUGCCUUGCCUUGCUUCUCUGCUGCUUGCUGGCUGCGGUCAAUGCACUGAGUAGCUCCGGCAGCCGCCUGCUGGUGGUCCAGGAAGAUUCAACAGAGAAGAGCCUCUACUCGAAGCUGUGGGCAGACUUGGAAUCGCGAGGAUACGAUUUGACCUUCGAAUCGCCCAAGAGCGACAAGCUCGCCCUGUUCGAGCAUGGCGAGCGAGUUUACGACCACCUCCUGAUCCUGCCUCCCAAGGCCAAAGGACUUGGCCCCUCGUUGACCCCAAAGCACAUUCUGGACUUCCUGCAAAAGGACGGCAAUAUUCUCCUUGCGCUGUCUGGCAAGUCCGCCACCUCCAGUGCCAUCAGCUCUCUCCUCAUCGAGCUCGAUAUCCAUCUCUCGACGGAUCGCUCGGCUGUUGCCGUCGACCACUUCAACUACGACACGAUCUCUGCCGCCGAAAAGCACGAUGUUCUCCUUCUCCAACGCCCGGGAUCACUGCGCCCCGACGUCAAGGCUUUCUUUGAUGCGACACCCCCCCUCCUCGCCCCGAUUCUCCGUGCUCCGGUCACCGCCUACGGGUACAACCCCAAGGAGGAGAUCCCCUCAGCAGAGGAUAUCCAGGCGACGGGAUCGCAGCUGAGCCUCGUGUCGGCUUUGCAAGCUCGCAACUCCGCUCGCUUUACCGUUCUCGGUUCCGCCGAGGCCCUGGAGGACCAGUGGUUCUCGGCCUCUGUCAAGGCCCCCGGUGGAAAGAAGACUUCGACUGUCAACCAGGAGUUUGCGAAGCAGUUGACUGCGUGGACCUUUAAGGAAACCGGUGUUUUGAAGGUUGGAAAGAUCCAGCACCACCUGGCUACCGAGCAUGCGGAGCGGAACCCGAAGAUUUACCGGGUCAAGAAUGAAACGGUUUUCGAAAUCGAAGUGUCUGAGUACGCCUACGACAAGUAUGUGCCCUUCGAGGUUCCCGCCGGAGACGAAUUGCAGCUCGAAUUCACCAUGCUCUCGCCCUUCCACCGCUUGGCUCUCCAGCCGGUCCGCCGCACGGAGACCAGCACCGUGUACGGUGCCCAGUUUGUGACUCCGGACCAGCAUGGCAUUUUCUCGUUCCGUGUCAACUACAAGCGUCCCUUCCUUACCAACAUCGAGGAGAAGCACGAGGUCACUGUGCGUCACUUUGCGCACGACGAGUAUACUCGCAGCUGGGCUAUCAGUGGCGGUUGGGUCUGGAUUGCCGGGCUGUGGUCCGUCAUCGGAGGGUUCCUGGCCUUUGUCGUUGUGUGGCUAUACUCCGCGCCCUCGUCCGCGGCCAACGCUAUCAAGAAGACGCAGUAG